AGCAAGGUCCAUAAAGUCAUGGAUGAGAGAUUUCACAGCACAAAUCAAGGUUCAUAAAGACACGAAUGAGAGAGUUCAAUGUGGAGGAACUUGACUGGUCUGCACAAUCCUUACCUCAACCUGAAGGACCACUUUUGGGAUGAAUUAGAGCGGAGACUUAGAGCCAGGCCUUCUCGUCCAUCAUCAGUGUGUAACCUCACAAAUGUGCUUCUGGAAAAAUGGUCAUAAAUUCCCAUAAACAUUUCUAAACCUUGUGGAAAAGCUUCCUAGAAGAGUUUAAGCUAUUAUAACUGCAAAGGGUGGACAAAUGUCAUUUUAAACUGGCUAUAUUAAGUAUGGGAUUUCACUUAAAUUAAUAUAUGAGUCAAGGCAGGUAAGUGAAUACUUUUGGGAAUAUACAGUCCCCUCCAAAAGUAUUGGAACGGCAAGUUCCAUUCCUUUGUUUUUGUCGUAUACUGAAGACAUUUGGGUUUCAUAUCAAAAGAUGAAUAUGAGACAAAAGUUCAGAAUUCCAGCUUUUAUUUCAUGGUGUUUACAUCUGGAUGUUUCAAACAACUCAGGACAGAGCGCCUUUUGUUUGAACCCACCCACUUUUCAAGUGAGCAAAAGUAUUGGAACAGACAUUAAAUUAACUUGGUGAAUAACAUUUAAUAUUUGGUGGCAUAACCCUUACUUGCAAUAACUACAUCAAGCCUGUGACCCAUUGACUUCACCAGACUGUUGCAUUCUCCAUUUGAAAGGCUUUUCCAGGCCUUUACUGCAGCCUCUUUUUAGUUUGUUUGUUUCUGGGGGUUUCUCCCUUCAGUCUGCUCUUUUGGCUUAAGGUCCGGUGAUUGACUUGACCAGUCUAAGACCUUGCACUUUUUCUCCCUCAUGAACCCUCUCACCACCCCGUACCCCCUCCCCGAGCAGAAUCCAAGUUAGACUUUUGUGCUCGUCACAGAUUGUCCAUAAUGAACACAGUGUUCAGACAUAAAGGUGUCCAUACUUACAUUUGGCUCCAGGACAUAGUAGGCCACAGUUCAAUGCGGUCGUGUCAUCGGACUUCCGACCACAUCUUGGACACUUCGGUGAAGAGAGGGGCGGAGCUGGCAAAUGAUCACCACCUGCUGGUGUGUUUGCUCCGCUGGUGGGGGAAGAUGCCGGUUCGACCUGGCAGACCCAAACAUGUUGUGAGGGUCUGCUGUGAACGUUUGGCUGGUGGAGACAUUGAGUCCGAGUGGACCAUGUUCUGCGCCUCCAUUGUUGAGGCGGCCAACCGGAGCUGUGACCGUAAGGUGGUCUGUAUCUGUAGUGGCAGCAAUCACCGAACCUGCUGUGGACACAAGCUCUAAGGAAUACCGUCAAGCUCGAGUCCUCUUGGGCCAUUUUGGCCUGUGGGACUGCAGGCAGCUGAUGGGAACCAGCUAGCCAAGGGGAACGUAGCUUUGGUGGUUCCUGAGGCAAAAACUUGGCCAUGGAGAAUGACUUCCGAAAGGCUUCGAGGAAAUUAUGGUCCACCAUCCAGGGUCUCAGAAAGGGGAGUGCACCAUUAACACUGUAUUGUGGGCAUGGGGGACUGUUGACCUCAACCCGGGAUGUUGUGAGUCUGUGGGGAUGAAUACUUCAAAGACCUCCUCAAUUCUAGCAACACGCCUUCCCAAGAGGAAGCAGAGUCUGUGGACUCUGAGGCGGGCUCUCCUAUCUCCCUCCCGGGUUUGAGGUCACCGAGUUGAUUAAAACGCUCCUCGGAGGCAGGGCGCCAGGGGUCCCCCUUUUUAAGAAGGGUGACCAGAGGGUGUGUUCCAACUACAGGGGAAUUGACUGGCAACCAGUCAAGGAAUUUGACAGCUUUUUGUCCAAAGUCAGCUGAGAUGGCCUCCUGUUCCCCUCAACUGUGAACAGGAUAACCGGUAUUCAAAAUUAAUCGAUCAACGGAUAAGGUUGAUCAACGGAAAUUUCAAUGUUUUAUCAUCAUUAUUAAGCCAAUCAUCUUAAUACUAAUUUCUGCAGUGUCAGAUUUUAAAUAAACUCUUGACAGAACUGCUAUUGAUAUUUAUAUUUUUAAUAAUUGUACCGUAUUUUCACGACCAUAAGGCGCACCGUAUUAAAAGGUGCAUUCUCAGUUGCGGGGUCUAUUUCUGUUUUUAACACAUACAGAAGGAGCACCGUAUUAUUGGGCGCAUACGCUAGCAUGCAUGCUAGCGUAUGUUUUUAAAAAGGCAGCGGGAGCAAAACUGAGUUCGGUUGUACUUUAUUCAUGUUAUUUUUUGAUCAAUCCUCAUCCACAAAUCCAUCAAAGUCCUCAUAUUCUGUAUCUGAAAUGAACAGCUGGGCAAGUUCUCCAUCAAACAUGCCGGGUUCCCUCUCAUCAUUGUCGGAGUCAGUCUCGUUGCCGGGGGGGCUGUUCAGCAAUGAUGCCGGCGUUUUCCUGCUUCCUCCACUUGCGAGGACAUGGAUUCGUUGAUCUUGAAUUAUCUCGCGGCUGCUCGAUUCCCAUGUUCCUCCGCGUAACUGAUAGCUUGCAGUUUAAACUGUGCUUCUGUGCUUCGUAAGCGUGUCUCUUCGUAGGUGCCAUUUUCGUGGGUCCUUAGCCAAACCGAUGUUGUUUUGCACAAUGCACAUACCUACUGGGGGCAUGCCUUUAGCGUCCUCUUUCACGCGCACCCUUCCCCCUUUAACGUCCGCAUGCUGUCCUCAGUCACGUCCGCCUUUCCUCCAUAUAAGCACCCUGUCGGCAGGAAAUGCUCCUAGUCAGUCAAGCGGAGCGCUCAUCGAAGUCACACAACAACAUUUACAGAUUUUGGAACUCGGUGCACACAUAAGACAUUAUGUGCGCCUUAUUAUUAUAAGGCGCCCCAUCCAUUUUGGCGAAAAUCUAAAAUCUACUUUUAAGUGCGCCUUAUGGUCGUGAAAAUACGGUGUAUAUAUAUAAUAUUUUGUCCACCAUGUAUGUGUCAAUCUACUUUAGCCUGAAAUAUAAAUAUCAGAAUGUAUUUAUUCUAUUUGGGGUAUUUUAAGCCAUUAUUAUUCAAUAUUAAAAGCACAUUAUUGUGACGGGAAUAACUAAACCGUUUUAAAAAGCGUGUUGUCCAAAUUGAAUGCUUAACAUAAAGAGCUUAAUUAGUUUUUUCUAAACUUUUCAUUUCAAUGAACAUGUUAUUAGGAACAAAUCUGUCAGAUUUUUGAAGCUUUGCUGUGUUAUGCUCAUUCACGGAACACCAAUGACAACAUUUUAUUCUGCUUUGUUUUGCUUUCCCCAGAUUUGCUCGGUUCCAGAAAUUGAAAAAAAAAAUAAUUAAAAAAUCUAUUUAUUGACAGUGCCAUGGUUGAGACAAGCAAGACAGUUGUUUUUUUACUUUGGCAAAACCAACUUUAAGAUUCAAAUCAACAAACAGGCUUGGAAUGGACGUCCUGACAAUCUUGGUACUUGCGUCAAGAAAUAAGCGAGCCCGUUGUAGCACAGAAAAAGCCUGUCUCAUUUAUUAUUAAUUUAAACAUCUAUUAUGGUGUCACCUCAUCUUGUGCAGUUAUCUUUUUGCUGAUAUGUUCACUUUCAGUUUAAACCUAGAAGAUUUCUCUGGAUUUUGUGGAUUGAGUAUAAUGUUUUAGAGCUGCUCCCUUUGACCUACACAAUAUGUUCCGAUAAAGCUGGAUUAGAUAUCAAAUAAGAUUGUUUGGCAUCCAUCCAUCCAUCCUCUUAAGGGUCACAUGUGAGCUGAAGCCUAUCCCAGCUGACUUUGGGUGGGAGGCGGGGAACACCCGGAACCUUUCGCCAGCCAAUCGUGGGGCGCACAUAGACAAACAGCCAUUCACACUCAGACCCCUAUCUCACUGGUCCGGAGAGUAUUUGGCGACCUGAUGGCGACUUGAAUCUUUGUGAUGUCUGCUGGAGACUAGCCGCGUCGCCAGGGGGUCAAGGUGAAAUCCAACAUGUUUGAUUUCAUUGGAGACCUUUUGGCAACUCCUCUCUAUGCUCACUGUAGGAAAAAAAACUGAAAAAGCUCAGUCACUUAACUGCAAGCAAUCGUCACUCAAAUUUGUGGACAUUUCUACUUAUGCCCACUUCAGCAUCGUCUUUAUUUGCCAAGUAUGUCAAAAACACCGAAGGAAUUUGUCUCCAGUUAAUGGGUCGCUGUAGUACGACAAUAGACAGCCAUUUUGACAAUAAAUACGUUUGAGACAUAAAAACACUACGGAGAGUCACUUAGCCUCUAGCAGUUUAAUGGCAAGAGGGAAGAAGCUGUUGGAAUGUCUACAAGUUUUAGUUUGCAUUUUUCGAUGGUGCUUACCUGAGGCAAGGAGCUGGAAGAGGUGGUGACCAGGAUGUGGAGGGUCCAAAAGGAUUUUGCAUGAUCUUGUCUUGGUUAUGGCAGCGUGCAAGGUCCCAAGGGGGGGUAGGGGGGUCUGAUGAAUUUAAAAAAACAUUUUUUUUUAGGCUUUCCUGAUGGUCCAUUGCAGUCCAAGUUUGUCCUUUUUUGUGGCAGCGCCAAACCAGACUGUGAUGGAUGAACACAAGACUGAUUCAAUGACUGCUGUGUAGAACUGGCUCAACAGCUUCCUGUGUAAGGCCGUGCUGCCUCAGAAACCGCAGGAAGUACUUCCUCUGCUGGGCCUUUUUGAAGAUGGAGUUGUUGGUCUCCCACUUCAGGUCCUGAGAGACUGUAAGACGUCUCUGCAGAAGGCUUUCAAACUCCCUUUCAAACCUCCCUGCUCAGCCUGAAAUACACAUCGAAGUGCUCGUCCUGGAACAAGAAAGCUCACGAACGAUUUUAAACUCAGAGAACCUGCAGUGAAAUAUUCCCAUUCCCUUUUUGACAUGAAGUGGGGCAAAAACGUAUUUAGUCAGCCACCAAUUGUGCAAGUUCUCCCACUUAAAAAGAUGAGAGAGGCCUGUAAUUUUCAUCAUUGGUAUACCUAACCUAUGAGAGAGAAAAUGAGGGGGGAAAAAUCCAGAAAAUCACAUUGUCUGAUUUGUAAAGAAUUAGCAAAUGAUGGUGGAAAAUAAGUAUUUGGUCACCUACAAACAAGCAAGAUUUCUGGCUCUCGCAGAUCUGUAACUACGUCUUUAAGAGGGUCCUCUGUCCUCUACUCGUUACCUGUAUUAAUGGCACCUGUUUGAACUCAUCGGUAUAAAAACCUCCAACAGUCACACUUCAAACUCCACUAUAGCCAAGACCAAAGAGCUAUCAAAGGACACCAUAAAACAAAAUUGUAGACCUGCACCAGGCUGGGAAGACUGAAUCUGCAAUAGGUAAGCAACUUGCUGUGAAGAAAUCAAUUGUGUGAGCAAUUAUUAGAAAUUGGACAUACUUGAUAUGCCAAGAUGGCGUCAACCAGUGUGGUCGCCUCGGCAACGCGCUAUCUAGUAUUGUUUUGGGGUUUUUCGUUCGUCUUUAGAGACAUUGCACGACUCACUUACACAAGGGGAGACUUGCUAACAGUCAAGGAGGCUACUCCGGACUUUUUUUCACCAACUUUCGCAAAUCCGCUCAGUUUUUUUCCCCGAGUUACUUACCGGGGCGACGUCCGCGGUUUUCGACACAUGGAGAUGGAAAUGGCGCCACAGAGGGAAGCGAGCCGGCAUUCAGGUGAAACUCUGCAAGAGAGGACACAGAUUGGCGUUCCCGUCGAUCCACCUCGCGAAUGAACGUUCCCUACCCAACAAAAUGGACGAGCUUCAUCAUCUGUUAAAGACCAGUAAAGACUUCGGACGUUCCGCCGCCAUGUGCUUCACGGAGGCCUGGCUUUGCGACGCUGUACCCGAUGGCGCUGUCAUGCUUCCCGGCUUCGAUAUUCAUCGAGCAGACCACCACAUGGAAUCAUCGGGGAAAACAUAGGGCGGCGGGAUAUGCCUCUAUAUCAACGAAAAAUGGUGUACGGACGUCACGGAGCUCAGCACACACUGCAGCCCGCAUUUGGAGUCGCUGUUUUUUAACUGUAAGCCAUUCUACUCGCUGCGUGAGUUCGCAUCAUUCAUCCUCGCUGGAGCGUACAUCCCGCCUCAAGCUAACACGAACGCCGCACUGCUAACGCUCGCCGAACAAGUCAACGAAAUUGGAUAAAAAACACCCGGACUCACCCCUCAUUAUUCUCGGGGACUUUAACAAAGCUAAACUCAACCACAAACUCUCUAAAUACAAUCAGCACAUUGACUGUCCUACCAGGGAAAAUAACAUUUUGGACCACUGCUAUACUACGCUAAAAAACGCAGACCGUGCUAUACCUCGUGCAGCCCUGGGGUCGUCAUUAACAUUGCAAAGAGGAACUAUGCAGCAAAGUUGAAAAAACAGUUUAGCGCUAACGACUCAAAAUCAGUCUGGCAUGCAUUCCAAUCGCUGGCUAAUUACAAGCGACGAUCCCCCCAAGCUGAGAACAAUAGCACACUAGCCAACGACUUGAAUAUCUUCUACUGCAGAUUUGAAAAGGACCCUUUCACACCAAGCCAGCCACAUCACCGACCACAAUCACACCUCUGACUUCUGCGUUAACCAUCCCAUCCAUGAACAGGAUGUGAGAUGCAUCUUCAAACAACAAAAGAUUAACAAAGCGUCAGGCCAAGACCAUGUGUCCCCGUCCUGCCUAAAAGUCUGGGCGGACCAGCUCGCUCCAGUCUUCACACAGACCUUCAAUAGAUCUCUGGAACUGUGCGAAGUACCAUCCUGUUUCAAACGCUCCACCAUCAUUCCAGUCCCCAAGAAACCUGCAAUCUCUGGUCUAAAUGACUACAGGCCUGUCGCCUUGACAUCUGUGGUCAUGAAGUCCUUUGAACGUCUCGCGCUGGACCGCCUCAAGAGUGUCCCAGGUCCCCUGCUGGACCCCCUGCUGUUUGCCUACCAAGCGAACAGGUCUGUGGAUGAUGCAGUCAACAUGGGACUGCACUUCAUCCUAGAACACCUCGACAGAGCAGGGAUCCUGUUCGUGGACUUCAGCUCAGCGUUCAACACCAUCAUACCUGAACUCCUUUCAUCCAAGCUUCUCCAGCUCAGCGUCUCACCUGCCAUCUGCCAGUGGAUUUACAGCUUUCUGACGGGCAGGACACAGCAGGCGAGGCUGGGGGAGGCCACCUCAUCCACACGCAGCAUCAGCACUGGGGCGCCCCAAGGUUGUGUCCUCUCUCCGCUGCUCUUCUCUCUCUACACGAACGACUGCACCUCAGCGCACCCAACUGUCAAAUUCCUGAAGUUUGCAGAUGACACCACUGUCAUCAGCCUCAUCAAGGACGGUGACAAUUCUGCAUAUCGACAGGAAGCAGAGCGCCUGGAGCUGCGGUGCGGCCGACACAACCUGGAGCUGAACACGCUCAAGACUGUAGAAAUGAUCGUGGACUUCAGGACGCAUCCUUCGCCACAGCUGCCCCUCACGUUGUCCAGCUGCCUUGUGUCAACCGUCGAGACCUUCAAGUUCCUGGGAAUUACAGUCUCUCAGGACCUGAAGUGGGCGACCAACAUCAACUCCGUCCUCAAAAAGGCCCAACAGAGGAUGUACUUCCUGCGUCUUCUGAGAAAGCACGGCCUGCCACCGGAGAUGCUGAGGCACUUCUACACAGCGGUCAUUGAAUCAGUCCUGGGUUCUUCCAUCACAGUCUGGUUUGGUGCUGCUACAAAAAAGGACAAACUCUGACUGCAACGGAUAAUCAAAACUGCUGAAAGGAUUGUCGGUAGCCCCCUACCCACCCUUGAGGACUUGCACGCUGCCAGAACUAAGACAAGAGCAUGCAAAAUCCUCUCGGACCCUCCGCAUCCCGGUCACCAGCUCUUCCAGCUCCUUCCCUCAGGUGGCACCAGACUUCUUUGAGUAUUUCCGUGCCAUGUACCCAAUCCUGCGGGCCGACCCAACACUGUGGUGUGUCUCUGCCUGGAAUGAUAAUGGCAGAGACGCCUUGGUUGAUCCAUCCAAAGCUGGUCUUCUCCAC